CCGCAACAGACUCUCACCUAACGCCACUACCGCUUGUGAUGAGCAACUGCAGCUUUACUCAUCCACAGACGACGGCGAGCGCGUGAAUGAUUGCAGUGUCCACCACCCUUCGAACUACAGUGACCGCUUAGAUUUGACGCUGGAGGAUGGCUCUGGAGGUGGCACCAGCAGAGGAGGGCGAUAUCGAUCGCUUGAUGGAGAUUCAGUUCUCUGCCUUUGAAUCAGAUCCUUACCACGAUGCGCUUUUUCCGGGAGAUCACUAUGCGCCGUCAACUCGGAAAGCAGCCGGGGACCGCACGAUCAUGGAAUGGCGACAGGAUCCGUCCGCUCGUUUCAUUAAGUGCACUGACCGGGAAUCUGGCGUGAUCCUCGGGUACGCCAAGUGGAACUUCUACGAGACCGAGCGCCCGCGUGAGGAAUGGGCAAAGAGCCCCGAGGUUGACUGGUACAGUGGCAGGAAGAAGGAGAUUGCUGAGAACUUCCUGGGAGCAACCGCGGCCAUGAGACAGAAGCUCUGGGGUGGCGAUCCCCACUAUCUUUUAAACAUACUAUGCGUUCACAAAGAUCACCAUCGGAGAGGCGCGGGAACAAUGCUAGUACAAUGGGGAGUCGUUCGUGCCGAACGCUUGGGUCUUCGAUCAUGUCUUGAGGCCAGUCCGGCAGGUUACCCCCUGUACUUGAGGUUAGGAUUUCGUCAGGUUGAUACUGUUGUCGUCAAGGCUGCUGAUUGGGACGGGAGCUUUGACCGACACUACAUCGUCAUGCUGAAACAACCGGAGGAAUUUACAAGCGUAACGGCGCAUGAGAGGUAGACGAAUCAGGGAGAUGAGAGCCCUAGCACUUGACGCAUAACGGUUGCGACUGCCGACGUCUCGUCAACGUCUUCCAACAACACCUGCUUCUUACCCGAGCUUUCGGGAAGUAGUGUGAUGGCGUGGUUAUUUCUGGUAUGUCACUCGUCAGCUCGAUAUGCGGCUAAUAUAGUGUAUAUGCACCUUCCUCGUGCUCGUCUCCAAAUGUUCCCGGAAACGCAGGAAGAAGUUCAGACAACAAGCAAGUUCUUAG